AUGCUUCUCUGGAACACUCCUUAUGUUGGCAGUAUCAACCUAUUCUUUUGGCAGCAUGUGACUUCACCACCAAACCCCCAGAUGCCCACUGGAAGCCUAUACCAACCUGUGGUUGAACUCUCACACUACACCCAUGAUCUUGCUUCAAAAGUGUUUAUCGAAUUUAAUAUGAAGUUUGGCAGGAGACAGAACCUGAUGUUAAGCACCUGCCACACUGCCUCUAUCUUUACUCCAGAAAACAAUGAACAAGUCCACCAGACAAAAUCAGAAGAUCUCUUGAAAAUGACAAUCAGUGUUCUACAAGCCUGGGAGGUGCCUCCAAAGCACAUGGUGGCUGCAGUGGCUGUACUUCCAGAUGCAUCUGAUGUUAUUCAGUCAAGAACAAAAGAGUUGGAGGAAAGAGUUCUAGGCCUUCUGGAGGGACUGAAGACAAUACUCAACAGGGUUCACCCUGGAGCUGUUGAAAAUGACUAUACUUUCUGGUCUGGAUGGUCAGAUUUGCAGUCAUCUGAUGGAGCCACUCGCUAUUUUGCUCUUAGUAACUUGUACCACUGCUUUCACAAGGAUUCACACAAGGUUGACAAUUAUCUCAAGGUCUUGAAGUGCUGA